UAAACUUGACCGUGUAUUAUCACUUGUUUAUCGUUCUCUAUCCGAGCAAAACAUAACUGCUGCGUAAUUUACUUAACCUUUACCUGGAACAAACAUGCAGUCGUACGAAUACGAUCUUAAACCGAAACGUUCUAAUGGAAAACGUUAUACAUAUUUUGGAUGUUUACUAUUUCUGUUGGUAAUUGGCGCACUUGUGGUUUCUAUUGUUGCAUUAGUCCGACAAGAGAAUAGUGAAAAUGAUAAUAGUUCGCUUGGAUCUCCUACUCCUGAAACACAACCGACGACGACAACCGAUAACACAGUCGAUAGUAGAAGUGAUAGUGUCGUAGAAUGUGCAGUCAACGGUGCAGUAAAAGGUCCUGUUACUCGAAAUACAUGUGACAACACAGACGGUUGUGUCUGGCAGAGUCGCAACAGAAACGAGAAGACCCCAGCGUGUAUAUAUAAGGACAGUGUCGGGUAUGUAUUAGACGGCAACGUAACAAUAGGAGCGAAUAAAUGGACAGCAAGACUGAAGAAGACGGGAAUAGAUACAGUGUAUGGUAUGGAUGUAUACAACAAUAUCAACGUGCAAGUGGAAAUGUUCAACGAAAAUGCUCUCAGGAUAUAUAUGUACCCAGAGCAGUCUAUGAAGGCUUGGGAAAUACCAGAUGAAGCCCUGGCAAUGGACAUUCCAGGAAAAACCUCCAUAGACAAGUUAUACAAUGUUUCUUUUACUACAGAACCAGUAUUCGGUGUUGUUGUCGAGAGAAUUACAAAUUCUACAGUAAAAACAAAAAUAAUAGACACGACAGUGACAGGUACAAUAUUUUCCCGCCAAUUCAUGCAGUUGACCACCAGAUUGUCGUCAGGACAUGUUUAUGGUUUUGGAGAACACAAUCACAGAAGAUUUAAACAUGAUAUGGACUGGAAAACAUGGCCGAUCUUUACAAGAGAUGUAGCACCUGUGGACGAAUGGAAUCUAUAUGGAGCACAUCCGGUCUAUCUUAAUCUUGAAGAAGAUGGAAAGGCCAAUAUGGUUUUCCUGAAGAAUAGUCAUGCUAUGGAUGUUGUUUUGCAACCUGAACCUUUUCCUGCCAUAACUUGGAAAGUAAUUGGUGGUGUACUCGAUUUCUACGUAUUUCUGGGACCAUCUCCACACGAAGCAGUUCAGCAAUACAUAUCUGCUAUAGGGAAACCAUUAAUGCCACCUUACUGGUCAUUAGGAUUCCACCUGUGUAAAUGGGGAUAUGAAAAUUUGACUGUUGUACAAGAUGUAGUAGAAAGAAACAGAAUGGCAGAAAUAUCGCAGGAUGUGCAGUGGGGAGAUAUUGAUUAUAUGUUUAAUAAAUUUGAUUUUACUGUUGAUAAGAAAACAUUCAAAGAUCUUCCUGAAUUUGUUGACGAACUUCACCAGAAUGGGCAAAAGUAUGUCAUUAUUGUGGACGUUGGUAUUGGUGCUAAUGAAACCAUUAUAAAACAAGGACGACUCAAUAGUCCAGGCUACGAGAUGUACAAGGAUGGUAUAGAUAUGAAUGUGUUUGUUAAAAACCAUGAUGAUACCGUUCUUGAAGGAAAGGUAUGGCCAGGGCUUACGGCAUUUCCAGAUUUUAGCCACACAAACGCAACAGAUUAUUGGAUAAAAUACAUCAAAUACUUUAAUGACAUUGAGGGAGUGAAAGUAGAUGGUCUGUGGAUUGAUAUGAACGAACCAGCAAGCUUUGUGCAAGGUUCUAUCAAUGGGUGUAUUAACAAUACAUUGAACUAUCCUCCAUAUGUUCCACAUAUAUUGGAUGGUCAUACAGGUAGCUUAUAUUACAAAACAAUUUGCAUGGAUUCUAAACAAAAUUGGGGCAAUCAUUAUGCAGUACACAGUUUAUAUGGUCACGCUGAGAGCAUAGUAACAUAUAAGGCCAUGACAACGUUGUGGAACAAGACUCGGCCAUUCAUCAUGACCAGGUCAUCUUUUGCUGGUACUGGCAAAUAUUCAUUUAAAUGGUUAGGUGAUAAUCAGAGCCAAUGGAGACAAAUACCCUGGUCUAUUAUAGGAAUACUAGAAUUCAGCAUGUUUGGUUUUCCUAUGAUAGGUGCCGAUAUUUGUGGUUUUUGGUAUGCUGCACAAUAUGAGAUGUGCUUGAGAUGGUCUCAGCUCGGUGCAUUCUAUCCAUUUGCUAGAAAUCAUAACGCCAAAGGCUGGCCGCACCAAGAUCCAGCUAAGUGGGGUGAAGGUUUUACCAGUAUAGCCAGACGUGCCCUACAUAUCAGAUAUAAAAUAUUACCAUACCUCUACACACAGUUCCAUUUAGCUCAUACUACGUCUUCUAUGGUAGCUCGUCCACUCGUGUUUGAGUUUCCAGAAGAUAAACAGACGAGAGAUGUGGAUAGACAGUUCCUGCUAGGUCCAGCAUUCCUCGUAACCCCUGUUCUUGAACAGGGCAAGUCUUCUGUUGAAGGAUAUUUUCCAAAACAACGAUGGUAUAAUUAUUAUGAUGGUACUGAAUUUGCAGUAUCAGGACAGCGUAUCACUGUUGAUGCUCCAUUGUCUAUCAUACCCUUACAUUUGCGUGGAGGGUAUAUCCUACCCACUCAACAGCCAGCUAAUACAACAGUAUACAGUCGUCAGCGACCAAUGGGAUUGAUUGUAGCAAUUGAUGAAGAUACAUCAGCUAGAGGAGAGUUAUUCUGGGAUGAUGGAGAAUCUAUAGAUUCUUUUACCCGAGGAGAAUAUUUAAAAGCGGAAAUGUCAGCAACAAAGGGGAAAUACCUUGAGUAUAAGGUUGUUAAAAGUGGUUAUACAGCAGCAGCAUCAUUAGUCAUUGAUACGAUAGAGUUAUAUGGACUUUUUGGAUUUCCAGAGCGUGUAAUAGUGGAUUCAGUACAAAUCCCUACAUCUAGUGUACGGAGUAAAGAAAAAAUUAUAGAAUUAGUUGGUUUGAACCUAAAUAUAACAGAAAAUCAUAGUAUAAGCUGGGAGUUCUUCUGAGAAUUAUGAAAAGUGAAUGUGAACUUUUUACUAUUAAUUGUGUUCAUUUUAUUUUAGAAGCAAUACCAAUACGAUUUUUACUUAUAGAGCUUUAUAUAAUCGUCAUUUUAUGUAUUAGUUAAAUAAUAAAAUACAUCUUAAUA